AUGCCGUGGGGAAACCGUGCAUUGGCGGCAGCAACAAAUCGCUUGAGCAGGGACUUCACGUACGAGAAUUUGAUGGACCUUGAAGAAGUCUCUCCCUUCAUCCAUGCUCACCUCUCCAAAGUUUACCUCACACUUUUUGCUGCUCUAACAUGCAUGUCUCUUGGAUAUGCGCUGGAUAUCCAUGCCAGUCUUGGGGGCGUGGUCACGUUUCUUGGAAUCAUAGGAAGCUCUGCAUGGUUUUGGCGGACAAACCCAUGGAAAGAGAGACAAAGAGUCAUUCUCUUGAUGGUAAUUGGAUUGUGCAUCGGAGUUUCUUUGGCUCCAGUGGUUGACCUUCUCGGCACAAUUGGUGAAGGAAAGAAUACGGUCUUCAAUGGGGCCUUAAAUGUUGGUCCUCUGAUUGGCCCCCUCAUUGCAAUGGAUAAAGCAGCUGCUGGACUUCUUAAAGGAGCCCCAGAUGGUAGUCUGAUCAACUCUCUCAUCCCAGCUGAUGAACGAGACGUUCUCCUUGCUAUAUCUGGAGCUGCUGCAAUCUUCUUGUGUUUUGGAGUGGUAACUAAAGACAGACGGGAUAGGCUUGAAAUGUACGUUUUUGGUGUAACGCCUUCAGCUGCUAUGUUGUGUGCUGGUUCAGUCACCUUUCAGAUGAAUUACAAGUUCCUCUGGCUCAUAGGGUAUGUGGUUGCAUACAGUCAGGAGAUUGUUGUACGAGCUCGCCGUGGAGAUAACUACUAUACGCAACAUUGUGUUGCCUUCUUCCUUGACAUCAUUCCAUUUACUUUCCAUCUUGGCCGAAUUACACUGAGAAAACUAGCUUCGGAGCUGAGAAAUCUGUAUACCUGCUUGCUAAAUCUCGCACAAGGAGAUUAA